CAAACUCGGACGUUGUAGGAUUCAUUUUGAAAAGAAAAAGAAAAAAACCUUCAAAGGAUGACUACCGAAAUAAAUAAAGGUCCUGUACUAGGAAUGCGACAUGUUCAGACCCUACUGAUUUUCCUGAACAUCACCUGCUUGUAUAUAGGACGCCUCAAUGUGGGCGUGUCUGUGGUGGCCAUGACCAAUGCAGAGUCCACGAAUCCGGAUUUUCCAGAAUACGAUUGGACAAACUCACAAAAGUCCUACAUCCUGUCCAGCUUCUUCUGGGGCUACAUCUUCACCCAGUUCCUGGGCGGCUAUCUCUGCAAGCGCUAUGGCGUGAAGAGUGUCAUGUUCUGGGGAUCAUUCUGCUCCGGCGUCUUCAGUGCCCUGACGCCUCUCUUUAUCAGCUUUGGCGGAUGGCAGGCUUACUGCGGUAUCCGUGUGCUGAUGGGCUUCGCUCAGGGAUUGUUAUUUCCCUGCAUCCACCAGCAUCUGGCCAGAUGGUCACCUCCCAAGGAGAGGAAUCGCUUGGGAGCUCUCAGCCAUACGGGCAUCGAGUGUGGCAAUGUGUGUGCCAUGUUCUUGAGUGGAAUGAUCGCCAAGAGCUCCAUAGGUUGGCCUGGAAUCUCUUAUGUCUCCGCGGGAGUGGCCUUUGGCUGGUGUGCCCUCUGGUUCGUUUUUUCGGCUAACAAUGCAGUAGAGUCUCGCUUUAUAAGUGAGGAAGAGCUGCACUAUAUCGAAUCCUCGCUGAAACACAACGAGGACUACCAUAAGACUAUCAUACCCAUUCCCUGGAAGGCUAUUUUGACCUCAGCUCCGUUCCUGGCCCUCCUGGUGGCACGUUGUUGCGAGUCCUGGGGUCUCAGCACAUUGCAGGCAGAGAUUCCUUCAUACAUGAACGGUGUCCUGGAUAUGGACAUGAAGAGCAAUGCCUUCUUCUCCGCUCUGCCCUUCCUGGCCAUGUGGAUCAUGUCAUAUGUUUACCUAAUCAGCGCCGAUCUUCUGCUUUCUGGAAACAAACUCAGUUUGACGGCCUUGAGGAAGACCUUUAACUCGCUGGCCUUCUGGGUUCCCUGUGCCACGCUGAUAGGCAUAGGAUUCGUGGACCAGGAGCAGAAGAACGUGGCCAUUGUCCUCAUGACCAUCAGUGUGGGGAUGAAUAGUGGUGCCACCAUAGGCACCUCCCUGAACACCAUCGAUCUGUCGCCAAACCAUGCCAGCAUCCUGAUGGGCAUCGUUAACACAGCUGCCAAUGUAGUGCCCAUAGUUACUCCUUUGGUGGUUGGUUUAAUCGUCGAAGAUGAUAGUAAUCGUUCAGAGUGGCAGAUUGUGUUUAUUAUUGCUGCUGUCCUCUUCUUUCUGGGCAACUGCAUCUUUUUGGUCUUUGGAACGGCUGUCUCUCAGCCUUGGGAUGCGGAGGAUUAUCUUCAGUUAAAGGAACCUGAAGUAGGAAAAGGAGCAGCUCGGAAGGAGGUGACCCAAGCAGUUCCUGCUUUGGAAGUCAAUGAUAAAAUUAAAGACACUUCGGAUUCCUUGGAUAGAUAA